AUGGCUGAGCAAGGCGAAAUUCCAGAUCAUGUAAAUCAAAUAAGAACGCGUGUAGUCCUUGAAUCGGAUAUCGUUAAAAACACUGCUGCAACCAACUUUCCUAAUACUUAUCCGGACAUCGACGACUCAUGGCGACAUGAAGACUUUUGUCAGAAAUUUAAAGUGAAAGUAUAUCGGUUGACAGAUAUGGAAAUGGAAUUCGAUCUUAUUGGUAUCGAUGCUUCCAUUGCCAAUGCAUUCCGGAGAAUACUUAUAGCAGAGGUACCUACGAUGGCGAUUGAGCAUGUCUUUGUUUUCAAUAAUACAUCGAUUAUAGCAGACGAAGUGUUGGCUCAUCGUCUUGGCCUCAUUCCAAUAUACGCGGAUCCUGGAAAGUUUGACAUUAAAAGGCCUGGCGACAAUGCGACGGAUGCAAAUACCCUUGUAUUCCAAUUAAAGAUUAGCUGUGAACAAAAACCCGAUGCACGGCCAGACGAAACUGAUCCAAAUAGAAAGUUUAUAAAUGCUAAUGUAUAUUCUGGAGAUCUACUAUGGAUUCCACAGGGAGAUCAAGCAGACAGAUUUAAAGAUGAAAAUGCAAUCAGACCUGUUGUAGAAGACGUGUUGCUCGCAAAAUUACGGCCAGGGCAGGUAAUAGAUUUGGAAUCAACCGCAUCAUAUCGUCUUUUACCAGAGAUUACUAUUAAACAAGAGAUAGUAGGUGAUCUGGCAGAUAGAUUUGCAGCCUGCUUUGCUCCCGGUGUCGUGGAAGUCAAAAAGGAGAAAGGAGUGAAACGCGCAAGUAUAGUCAAUCCACGUCGAGAUACAGUCAGUCGAGAAGUUCUAAGACACAAAGAAUUUCAGGAUAUUGUUCAAUUAUCCCGUGUUCGAGAUCAUUUCAUUUUCAACGUAGAAUCAAUCGGCAUUCUUCCGCCAGAAAAACUUUUUAUGCACUCAGUUGAGAUAUUGGUGGAGAAAUGCGUACUGCUUAGAGAAGCGUUAGAGCGCAAGAUUGAAGAUUCCAUGCAAGAAUAA